AUGGCUCCGGAUCCUGAUUUGUCCGGCGGCGAGCAGGCGGAGCCGCCCGACGAGGUGGACGACCCCGACGUCGACGAGGUCGACCCCACCGGCCGCUACUUCCGGCUACAAAGGCUUCGACGUGGUGGAAGUCAUCGAGGUGUCAUGGGCCAAAGUCUCCAGCACAAGCACAUCCUCAAGCUCUACGCCUCAUGGCUCGACAAGAAGAAAAGGACCGUCAAUAUCGUCACUGAGCUGUUCACGUCCGGCAACUUGAGAGAGAGUGUAAAUAUGACAUACCCCUCUUUGUAUGUGCUGCUACGAUGGAGUGUGAUUGAUUUUACUAUUUGUGCCUCGUACAUUCUUUUUGUGCCAUGGUGA